AUGCAGCAAGUCACAUAUGUUCCGGCCAACCAGAACUUUCAAUCGCCUCCCGGAGCGUAUCCAGUCCAAGUGCAGAUGCAGCCUAAUCAGAUGCAAAUGCAAGGACAGCCCCAGGUGCAAUACAUCCAAGUUCCUGCCGGACAGCUGCCUCCCGGGUUUCAAUACGUACAGCAGCCUCAGCCUGCACAAGGCCAGCCUGUUCGAUAUGUUCCGGGUCAGCAUCCAAUGCAGGGACAGUCAGUACCGCACCCGCAAAUGAGACAGGUCCAGCAGCCAGUCUAUGCACAACCUGGACGUCCGACCUAUCAGCAACAAACACCCGUCAUGCAACAGCCGACAGCUGCCAGUUCAAUGGUCGUCGCAACGUCCCAGACGAAUGCUGGCGCUCCUUCAUUUGGCCACUCGGCGAAGCGAGAUUGGACUUAUCCUACCUUCUCCAGCGAAGUGAAGAGUGGGAUACUCCUGCCCUGGUGCUGCCCUUGCAUCGCAUACGGCCAGAACGAGGAGCGUAUCAACGCUCUUGAAGCAGGCAAGCCUGGCACGGCCACUUCGUCCGUCAACGGGGCUUGCAUGACUUUCUGCGGCGUCAUGGCGCUAAUUGGCUGCGCCGGUGCCGUAUUUGUGCCCAGCCAGCGCAGAAGAAUUACCACUCGGUACAACAUCAAUGAGGACAGCUCAGACGGCUUCAACAGCCUGUGUUUCUUGCCUUGCCUCCUGUCACAAACUGAUCUGGAACUCACGGUACUCGAGCGUCAAGCUCUUGGCCAGUACUGA